UAACAAAGGCAACGUCAUACCUUUUUUUAGGAGGAGUCUUCCAGCCGUCAAUCAUCAAAGUUGUGUCACCGGUGCGAGGAGGAAGGAUAAGGAACUCCCGAUGACAGAAUCUAAACUGGAAUAAACCUCGUUUGUCCUCAAGUUAUUAGUGAACAUUUCGCUUAAAAAAAGUGAAGUAAUCAACGGCGGGCUUGUAGCCUAUUAAUCAUUGGACGAUACGUCUACGGAGAGUUUGUACGCUACCUUUUACAGCACCGAUGUCAGAUGCGCCAUCUCCAUGCGCGACAGGGUUGCAGUUUUCUGAAGGAGAGUUUUCGUUUUUUGGGGGGGGGGCGACUUGGAGACAAUUAACUUCAUGAUGAGAGAACGAACCUGGAUUUAGGAUUCAAAGACAAGACUUCGAGAGAGGGGGCCGGACACAACGACGAGAGAGGGGGCCGGACACAACGACGAGAGAGGGGGCCGGACACAACGACGAGAGAGAGGGACGACGACAGUUUUUGAAAGUUGCUGCCACAUCCCUCCCCCCUCUGUGUCCCAUUGGCUGCUGUUCCCCAGGGGGUGGGACUCAGUAUGGGUUAAGAGCUGUGAGGCCAGACUGAGAGGACCGUGAAGCCUGACACACUCCACCCGCCACACAGGUGGCUAGAGAUCAGAGGUCGUAGCUAGAGGUCAUGGCGGGCCUGAGGAGGAAGCUGAAGUUUCUGGUGACGUUGAUGACGGUCAAUCUCUUCAUCUUCAUCCUAGUGUUCCACGGAGGAGGAGGAGGACAGGACAAGGGACACAACAAGGUCCUUGUCCCCUCCAAGCGCUUCUGGUCCAAACUGGCUCCUAGUCAGGCCUACUGGAACCGCCAGCGACAGAGACUGGACCUCCAACACAACCCCAUCCUCGCCUCCUCCAAUAGUAACAACACUAAUGAUGAUGAUGUCAGACCUGUCCCUGAUUGGCUCAACGACACGGGGCUGAACCCUGACCCCUGCCAACCGGACUACAGAGUCACCACUCACGUGAAAGACUACAAUUCCCUACCUCCUCGUUUUAAAGACUUCCUGCUCUACAUGCGCUGUCGGUCGUACCCUCUAGUGGUGGACCAGCCUCACAUCUGCCAAAAGACCCGGAGAGGGGAGCCGCCCUUCCUCCUACUGGCCGUCAAAUCCCUUGCUCCGCACUUUGACCGCCGCCAGGCCAUCCGCCAGUCGUGGGGUCGAGCCGGCGUCCUCGCCAACCGGACGGUUGUCACGGUGUUCCUGCUCGGCAACACCACGGCCGUGGACCACCACCCAGAUCUGUCGGAGAUGCUGCGCUAUGAGAACACUCACCACCGCGACAUCCUGCAGUGGGACUACCGGGACUCGUUCUUCAACCUGACCGUCAAGGAGGUGCUCUUCCUGGACUGGAUGACCACACGCUGCCCUGGAGCUCAGUUCGUCUUUAAAGGGGACGAUGACGUCUUUGUCAAUACGUUGAGGAUCCUGGCCUUCCUCAAGGGCCUCACGGGGCCCCGGGCAAGGGACCUGUUUGUAGGGGAUGUGAUCACCAACGCGGGGCCAAACAGGGAUAAAAAGGUGAAGUACUUCAUCCCAGAGAGUUUGUUUGUUGGCAAGUACCCGCCAUACGCGGGCGGAGGGGGGUAUCUGUACUCCGGGGACCUGGCCAGGCGGCUGCACGGAGCCUCGCAGCACGUACCUCUCUACCCCAUUGACGACGUCUACACAGGGAUGUGUCUGAGGAAACUGGGGCUGGGGCCGGAGAAACAUAAAGGCUUCAAGACGUUUGACAUUGAGGAGAAGUACAGGAGGAACCCGUGUGCCUAUAAGGGUCUGAUGCUGGUACACAGCCGGACACCGCAGGAGAUGAUCCAGAUCUGGGCCUGGCUCAAUGACCCCAACUUGACCUGUCAGUAACUUCCCAGCCCGUCUCCAUUUUGACUUCAGAAACCGGGGAUAACAGGUGUCGGUGGCCAUUUUGACUUCAGAAACCGGGGACAACCGGUGUCGGUGGCCAUUUUGACUUCAGAAACCGGGGAUAACAGGUGUCGGUGGCCAAUUUGACUUCAGAAACCGGGGACAACAGGUGUCGGUGGCCAUUUUGACUUCAGAAACCGGGGACAACAGGUGUCGGUGGCCAUUUUGACUUCAGAAACCGGGGACAACAGGUGUCGGUGGCCAUUUUGACUUCAGAAACCGGGGACAACAGGUGUCGGUGGCCAUUUUGACUUCAGAAACCGGGGACAACAGGUGUCGGUGGCCAUUUUGACUUCAGAAACCGGGGACAACAGGUGUCGGUGGCCAUUUUGACUUCAGAAACCGGGGACAACAGGUGUCGGUGGCCAUUUUUUUAUUUGAGCUGUCAGUAACCAGGGAAGACAGGUGACUUAAACUGUCGGUAACUGCCUGGACCAGACACCACGACAGGCGGCCAUUUUGUUAUGCUGGUUGUUAUAGUAACUCUGUGGUCAGUGGCCACUGUUUUGUGACACUUGGUAGGUUUGUUACAUUCUAAAGGUCAGACACAAUUUUGAGACUUUUUUUUUUUUAAAUGUAAUUUUUUAGGGAAGGAUUAUUACUCUUGGAGGAUCAGUCGAACAUUGGCAGCUUUAAUGUUGUUAUUAUCAUGUUUGUUGAUGCUAGUUAACCGUCUUCAAAGUUGAAUCUUGGAUGAACAUUUCAGGUUUUGAAUCCCAAGAUAAAGAGGGUGUGACUGUGAUGGCGGUACGAUGGCAGACCAACGUCAUGGCGAUAUGAUGGUCAACGUGUCUCUGAGCUUUCUAAAUGGUCGUCAUGGCGUUAUGAUGGUCAACGUGUCUCUGAGCUUUCUAAAUGGUCGUCAUGGCGAUAUGAUGGUCAACGUGUCUCUGAGCUUUCUAAAUGGUCGUCAUGGCGAUAUGAUGGUCAACGUGUCUCUGAGCUUUCUAAAUGGUCGUCAUGGCGAUAUGAUGGUCAACGUGUCUCUGAGCUUUCUAAAUGGUCGUCAUGGCGUUAUGAUGGUCAACGUGUCUCUGAGCUUUCUAAAUGGUCGUCAUGGCGUUAUGAUGGUCAACGUGUCUCUGAGCUUUCUAAAUGGUCGUCAUGGCGAUAUGAUGGUCAACGUGUCUCUGAGCUUUCUAAAUGGUCGUCAUGGCGAUAUGAUGGUCAACGUGUCUCUGAGCUUUCUAAAUGGUCGUCAUGGCGAUAUGAUGGUCAAGUCUGAUGGAUCUUUCAUGAUUCCCCGCUGUGUGUCUGACGGCACAAGAGUCUGUACCAUAUUGUAUUAUGAGGAGUUGGAGACAGAGGAGUCUGAUCCCAGAUCUGUUUUGGUGUGAAAAUGACCGUAAGAGUUGGCACAAACUGAUCUGGAACCAGGCUAAUGGAUGAGUGCUCAGCUGGUCUGGGCCGUGCUAGAUAAAGAUGUUUGGUCGUUCCACGAAAUCAGUCCCUCUUGGAGAAUGUAACUUGGGAAAAUAAAUCAAAUAAAAGAGCCCAUGUUGAACUUUAAAAACAAACCCGUUUCCCAGUCUGGAGAGAUCUGACUGAUGGACCUUAAUGAUGACACUUUAACACCGUGUGUCUGACUGAUGGACCUUAAUGAUGACACUUUAACACCGUGUGUCUGACUGAUGGACCUUAAUGAUGACACUUUAACACCGUGUGUCUGACUGAUGGACCUUAAUGAUGACACUUUAACACCGUGUGUCUGACUGAUGGACCUUAAUGAUGACACUUUAACACCGUGUGUCUGACUGAUGGACCUUAAUGAUGACACUUUAACACCGUGUGUCUGACUGAUGGACCUUAAUGAUGACACUUUAACACCGUGUGUCUGACUGAUGGACCUUAAUGAUGACACUUUAACACCGUGUGUCUGACUGAUGGACCUUAAUGAUGACACUUUAACACCGUGUGUCUGACUGAUGGACCUUAAUGAUGACACUUUAACACCGUGUGUCUGACUGAUGGACCUUAAUGAUGACACUUUAACACCGUGUGUCUGACUGAUGGACCUUAAUGAUGACACUUUAACACCGUGUGUCUGACUGAUGGACCUUAAUGAUGACACUUUAACACCGUGUGUCUGACUGAUGGACCUUAAUGAUGACACUUUAACACCGUGUGUCUGACUGAUGGACCUUAAUGAUGACACUUUAACACCGUGUGUCUGACUGAUGGACCUUAAUGAUGACACUUUAACACCGUGUGUCUGACUGAUGGACCUUAAUGAUGACACUUUAACACCGUGUGUCUGACUGAUGGACCUUAAUGAUGACACUUUAACACCGUGUGUCUGACUGAUGGACCUUAAUGAUGACACUUUAACACCGUGUGUCUGACUGAUGGACCUUAAUGAUGACACUUUAACACCGUGUGUCUGACUGCACAAAGAGCUUUCAAAAUGCUGUAAAACAGUGACUCUAGUAAGUGCCAAAUAAAGUAACAGGGUUGACUAACAGGGUUGACUAACAGGGUUGACUAACAGGGUUGACUAACAGGGUUGACUGUCACAGGGUUGACUGUCACAGGGUUGACUAACAGGGUUGACUAACAGGGUUGACUGUCACAGGGUUGACUGUCACAGGGUUGACUGUCACAGGGUUGACUGUCACAGGGUUGACUGUCACAGGGUUGACUGUCACAGGGUUGACUGUCACAGGGUUGACUGUCACAGGGUUGACGAGUUCAUGUUAAAUCAGCCAUAAAUCUCUUUGUGACGAGGGGGAAUGGAAGAUUGUUGUGUGCAACAGGGAGGGCUUCUUUUUUAAAAUAUAUCUAUAUUUCUGGGUAACAUGUAACGUAUGCUGCUCAACCCGCCUCAGGUUUCCACCACAAAACAUCAGAAUAUGUACAAAAAGAGCGGAACCAGCUCACCUGCUUUUACACUGAAAAAUAAUAUUUAAGAAGGAAUAGUUUCACCAUAUUUAAACGAGGGUUCAGUUCAUGUAACAAGGUUGACCUCUAAAAUCAGGGGCAGGUUUUUUUUUUUUUUUUUACCUUUUUAAAAUAAUUCACUAAUCACAUUUAAAUGAAUUAAUCUCUAGAAAUGGCAAAAUAACUAGGUCUUUACAAUGUUGGUGAAAACCUUUUUGGGGUUGAAGUGUCUGUCAACAGUUGCUACAUCCAGUUUGGAUUCUUGAAGAAUGUAACUGAUAAAUACCUCAUGAGCUCAACUGUCACACCACAUCAGUCCUUGCAUCCAUAGCCCUGUCUGGUUCUUCAGCCCAGUCCCUCAGCUUUUUACCAAAACAGGGGCGGGGAGUUAAUUUAUAGUUUUUUUUACUGCUGAUUGCGGCUUUAAGUGGGUUAAAAUCUAGCCAAAAUCCUGACUUUAUGUCACUGUAGCAAGUCUGUUCGCAUUAAAAGUCAGAUUCUGUGGUCUAUAUUAAAGGGCCUGUUAAAAUAGAGUUUUGGUGCACCGUUGUAACUGAAACAUCGAAGGGAUGCAGAAGAAACGUCUGUGGAACAAGUCUGUUCAGCGUUGCUUCAGGGCCUCCUUGUGAGCCGGACGUCUUUAUUAACAACGAUACCGGCAAGCUGAACUGGCUGCUUAUAGCAUAUUUUCACAAAGACAACUAUCAUUCCCCCCCUCCCCCCCCCAAACUAUAACAAAGAUAAAGCUGGAACCGUAACCAAGGCGAUUGGCUCGUGGGUCAUUCAUGUUCUGCAACGGUGUUUACUGCCAGAUCAGAGAAAUACUGUUUUUUAUUUAUCCACAAUCAUUACUGUUCUUGUCAGAUGGUAAAAAAAAAAAACAUGUCAAA